UGUCAUAUUGUCAAAAUUGUCAUUCAUUCGUUUCUUCGUUUACGUUCGUGUUUGUGGUUGUCGUCGUUAUCGUAGUUUCAUUUUAUUUGGAUUUUGUUAUUUAUUGUCUCAACGCUAUUACUCGUUUUAAAUUUAGUAUAUCUCGAAAUUACCAAAUAUACAUCUUAUCUCCUUAAUCUUGUGAUAUAUAGAAGUGCAAUAUGUCGUCCGAGACAGCACAAGUUAGUUCCCUACCGUUGCCUCCUAUGCAAUAUAUAAAUUUUUACACAGAUGAAAAUGUUCGAAGAAAUAGAGCACCAUUGCCACCUCGUCCUAUUCACGAUUCAUAUUCAAUGUUUGGACACACUUUUAACGCGGACGAUACCAUAAUCAGGUCAUUGGAAAGCCAGGGAUUUCGGAGAUUAUAUCCUAUGCACUUUGAAAGAAGAAGAGAACUAAAAAAAUUGAACCAUUCUUUACUUGUAAAUUUUCUAGAUUUAUUAGAUUUGUUGGUUCAUUGUCCUGACUCUCCCAAAAGAGCUGAAAAGGUUGAAGAUCUGAGUUUGUUAUUCAUCCACAUACAUCAUUUGUUAAAUGAGUUUAGGCCACACCAAGCUCGUGAAACAUUGAGAGUGAUGAUGGAAUUACAGAAACGUCAACGAGUUGAAACUGCCACAAGAUUUAAGAAACACUUGGACAAAGUACAAGAUAUAUUGCAAAAUGCGUUGCAAAGUUUACCAGAUCAGAAUGAAGUUGAAGCUAACUUUAAGGUGCCUGUAGAAAUUCUGGAACAAAUGGACUGCAGUACUAAUGAUGUCUCAAAUCAAGAUCCUUGUUAUGAACUUGACCGUAUCAUGUGUAAUGUUGUAGACAACAUGAGAUAAAAUAUAAAUAUUUGAUUUACUUUCUUUUGUAUUGUCAUACUGUAGGUAUUAACUAGCCUGUAAGUUCUAGCAUAAUGUUGUAAUAAUAAAAAA